AUGUCUGCUGGCACGUACGGCACGAUCGGGACUUCCAAUUCCAACCAGGCUGCAGGAGACUCUCAUGACGAAAACGACGCACUGCUGGUAAAGCGCCGCGCUACAGCAUCAUGGGACGGUUUCCGCCAGUAUAUGCUGGACGACAUCGACCGGAGAUGGGCUGACCUGUUGCUCCUGAUGUCCUACGUGAUCACCGGUCUCCUCGACAGCUCUGCCGUGUUCAUCUGGGGCUCCUUCGUGAGCAUGCAGACCGGAAACACGGUCUAUCUCGGCCUGGGCCUCGUGGAACCGACCAAAGGGACGAGAUGGAUUCGUUCCCUGACCUCAAUUGGCUUCUUCUGCAUGGGCUCCUUUUGCUUCAGCCGCUUCCAUCGUCAUUUCUCACCGAAACGCCGUUGGGUACUUGUCACCUCAUUUGCGGCUCAACUACUACUGGUCACAACGGCAGCUGUUAUAGUCAUGAUUGACAGCGAAAGGGGGAGCGACCUCCGGUGGGAAGUGCUGGUUCCUUUGGCCCUGGUUGCGUUCCAAAGCAGUGGACAGGCGGUGACGAGUCGAGCACUAGGAUACAACAGCCUUACCAGCGUCGUGUUGACGAGUAUCUACUGUGACCUCUUCUCAGAUCCAUUGCUUUUGGCCGGCAUUAUGCAGAACCCGGAAAGAAAUCGCAGGGCGGCAGCUCCGGCUUUGCUACUGAUGGGUGCGAUAUUUGGAGGAAUGUGGGCUCAUAGUCCUAUCGGUCUCGCGGGGGCACUGUGGACAGCGGCGGCACUGAAGCUCGUUAUCAUGCUGGCAUUCUCCCUGUGGAGGAAAGAGCCGAAGACGACAACGACCUAA